UGUCAAGUAAGUGUCAAGUUAUGAAGUUAAUAGUUUACAAAAUUUUAUUUCGGUUUGUUAAAAUUGCUGUUCUGUUUUUCUUGUAAAGUGAGAAGACUGAAAAAAGAAAAAAGGGUUCAUAAUUUUUGGUGUUCAAAUCUAUCAAUAUGACUGCUGCCGAUAACGAGUAUCCAAAAGCUUCCAAUGCUACUCUCAUUGGAGCGAGUAUUACUUAUGUGGCAGGUUUAUUUUUGCUCCUUUCCUUUGCUGGUCCUUAUUGGAUUGAGUCCUACCCAGAGAUGUUCUCAUCAUUUAAGCAUAUGGGAUUGUGGGAAUAUUGUUUCGACAGAUUUCGGUUCCCAACAUACCCAUAUAGACUAUUUCAUGGUUGCCAUUACAUUUUUAGUGAGGAGUUCUAUGUGAUUCGAGAAUGGCUUCUACCAGGCUGGUUAACGGCUGUGCAGUCAUUUGUGACUCUGGCCUUGAUCCUGUCAUUGACGGCCCAGGUUUUGUUGGCCUGUGUUAUAAUGCGCUGGCCUCUUCGUGCUGCUCUGCGUUAUGAGUGGAUAUUUGUAUCUUGCUCCUUUGCAAUGGUAACACUCUCAAGUGUCUUCCUAUUCCUCUCGGUUGCCAUAUUUGGCGGCAAUUGCUAUAGACGAGAUUGGCUGCUGUAUCCUUCAUUCAAUGUUCUGUCUUGGUCAUAUGCUUUUGCUGUUGUUGCAUUUAUACUUUUUGGUGCUGCAGCCAUUCUCUUAUACUUUGAAUCGAGAAAGUUGUAUGAACUUCGCCUUGAAGCCAAGAACUUGGUUGCUCAGAUGCACCACAGUCAACCUGAGCAUGCUCUCCAACAUCUACGUGAACAAUUGCAGCAACAGCGACAUGGGUGGAAUUAGUAUUAAUAAUAAUUUCUUAGAUGAUAGUAACCGUCCAUAUCUAAAAGAAUUGGUAAUUUUUAAGAUUUGUGGUCAUAACUUUUUCUUAUUAGGUAAAACUUUAUGGGUUAAUCCUAUCUGAAUGUAAAAGUAUUAUUUUGCCUACUUAAUCAACAAAUGGUCGAAAAAUAACUAUUAGUUUGGGCACUGUUUGAAUGACUUGGAAUGCAAAAAAUCAAAAAAGCGGCAUUUUGCGCAAUAGCUUUAAUUGUAUAGGCCUACUUUCCUCAACUUGAUUGACAGUAUUGACACCUAUAAAUGUGCACUUUAUACUGCAGGUCCAUAUUGGUUCCUAUAAAGUUUAUUGGCUGAAUUAUCGUAUCACAUAAUGUCUUGUCACUUUCGCAUAACAUUCUACAUAAUUAAAAUCUAUGCAUAAGAUAAUAAUUUUCAUAUACAUACUUUGUGUUAUAGAUAAUUCUUUAUCAGUGGUCAAAUAAUACUUUGGGAAUGAAAGCGAAAACUACGUGUUAUAAAAAUUUAGCUACGUAACUGCAAAGGCGAUAGUUUAAAUUUGCAAAAAUGUUUGUUAUUAUAGUUGUAUGACGUAGAUGAAGUGUAUCUGAUUAAUAGUGCCUUCUUACGUUCCUUGGGGGAGAAUCCUUGGAACUUUAUCCACAUUUGAAAGUGAAUGAUGUGAUUUCUGAAGAAAGAGAAUCUCUUAUUUACGAUACGAUAAUACAUAAAUGAUCUUGAUAUUAUUCUUAAAAAAUAAUGAAUUUACUUUUAAGCUGUUAGAUUUAAUUGGUUAGUAUCCUUUUUCUAUAAUUUAAAAAAUUAUGAAAUUCUGAAAUGACCUUGUGGCGAGCUUAUUUUCAACUAUUUUUUAUAUUUUCCGACUUAGUUUUAUAUAAGAUAAGAAGAGCACAGUCAAUAUCACCUUGACUGCCUUGUUUGACUGAGUUGUUUGGCAUUUAGGACAAAUAAAUCUAAUUAUAGUAACAAAAUCCGUCCUAUAAGUUGUGUAAGUUUUAUGUACUAUCUAUAAAUAAUGGAUUUUUAUAUUAAGUAAACUUUUAACCACCUAAAUAAACAUUAUUUUUAAA